AUGUCGAGCUACGGCCAUGGCGAACGGGAACUGCACCACGGUUUGCCAUUCGCUGCUAAUCCCACGAAACGUCGUCGAAUAAGCUCAGACGGAAACCCUCCACCCCGUCUAAUCAGCAAACUCGGGGACGAUCUCCUCGUCGAAAUUCUCAUUCGCGGCCUCCUAAACCCUAGAUUCGCCUGCCGAAGCAAACUCGUCUGCAAGCAGUGGAGCUCCCUGAUCUCCAGUUCCUGCUUCAACCGCCGUUUCGCUGCUCGCCAUCAGGGCAAGGAAGAAACGCCGCCAUCCAUCUCGAGCUUUCUCCCUGUGCCCGGUGAAGCUAGACGGUCGUUGUGGGUUUUGGAUUCCUUCGAGGACUUGCUGCUAUGCGGGUUUGCCGGGUUCGAUAGAAACACCAAUGGCGAACUUGGUCUAUCAUACCUCAUCUGCAAUCCGUUUACAAAGCAAUGGAUUGCCCUGCCUUUAGCGCCUGAAAAGUCAUUUGAGCAGUGUCCUGAAGUGGUUGCCAGGUUAGUUUGUGAACCCCGUAUCUCUAAAAAUCUUGAUCUAGGCGAUGGCCAAGCAGCAUUUGUUUACUCCGAGUAUCGGUUCCGGGUGGUGUGUGUAUAUACAUUGGGGAUGUCAACGAUGCUGGACGUGUUUUGUUCCGAAUCUGGAGAAUGGACCAAGAAGGCUCUCGUUCUUCAUGGUUAUCAAGAAGAGGUUCGACUGAAGCCAAAGUCCUGCAACGGGAAGCUGUUUUGGGCCUAUGCCGCCCUGUUGCAUGUUGGUAUUGUUGAGUUCAAUCCUUUCCGCUUCGAUAUACCUCCUGUGUUUAUUCAUGACGAUUCGAUCUUCGAGAGACCUGCUAAAUCGUGGGGGUUUUCAGUCUCACGUGGUGCUUUGCAUCUAAUUCAACUCGAAACUGAAACUACACCUGGUUGUUCAAGGAAUGCCCUGAUUGUUUGGAGAUUGGAAGAUGACCGGAGAUCUUGGAAGAGACAACAUGAAGUCUUGCUGAAGACAAUGUGGCAUGGUGAUGUGCCCUGCAACAUUGAAUUUGAUCUGCAUCCAGAGAAUCCAGAAACUGCCUUGUUAAUACUUGGUCAUUAUAGUGGUAGGAUCUUCUCCUGCGAUUUGAGGAGCGGAGAGCUAGAGCAACUAAUCACUACGAGAAGAGCUUAUGAGCGUGGUUGGAUGCUGUUCCAGCCUAGGUUUUCUUGCUGGCCUACUCCGAUUCCAAGUUACAAGGAAUUGCGAGGUUUAUAUGAUGGAAGCUACAGCUGUUGGGUUCAGCAGAGCAGCGAUGAAGCUAAAUCUCGCUCAGCAACAGGUAACUACUUCUGCUAG